UUAUGACUGUCGUAACUGCGUAAGUUGCUACCCUGUUCAUAAUUUCGGAAAUCGGAGUUCUUAACAUGUUUCAGUUUUAAUCUUACCUUCCUCUCUAAGUUUCCGGUAUUUAUUUUUCAAAAGUCCGAUGCUACAGUAGUACUGUGAUAUUUUAAAGCAUUAUGGCUUUAGGAAUUAAGUACAUUUGUUUGCUUUUGUUCUUGAUAACCAUUUACGUGAUAGGAAUGUUUAUUUUUGCCAAAGGAUUUUUAUUGAAACGCAUAGUAAUGGAGAAAAACAGUACGUGCAGUGUUAACUUUGCUCACCAAAGUGACCUCCACGGGGGUGAGGGUUGUUGGAUGCACGGCGGUUACAGGCGCGCGAUCGUCCUUGUCAUCGACGCCAUGAAGUUUGAGUUUAUGCGCCAUGACAAUGAAUCUCAGGAAAACAUUCCAUACAAGAACAAACUUUCCAUCGUCCAUCAUUUAUUAUCAACAAAGCCUCUAAAUUCAAAGUUGUACAAAUUCCUAGCCGACCCUCCUACAACGACUUUACAGAGGUUAAAAGGACUCACAACUGGAAGUCUGCCAACGUUUGUUGAUGCAGGAGCUAAUUUUGCAAGUUCUGAAAUCACUGAGGAUAACUUCAUAGACCAGAUAGUCAAACAGGGGAGAGUCAUACAGUUCAUGGGGGAUGAUACCUGGAUGGGGCUUUAUCCAGGCCGAUUCAAAAGAUCCUUUCCCUUCCCAUCAUUCAAUGUGAAGGAUCUGCAUACCGUGGACAAUGGAAUACUGGAACAUUUAUUGCCACGUCUGAGGAAGAGAGAUUGGGACAUCACCAUUGCCCACUUCCUUGGAGUCGACCAUUGUGGACACAGAUAUGGACCCAAUCACCUAGCCAUGGCUGAUAAAUUGUCACAAAUGAAUGAUGUGAUAAAGAAUGUGACGAGAGAGAUGAGUUCUGACACAGUGUUGUUUGUUCUGGGGGACCAUGGGAUGACAAGAACCGGUGACCAUGGUGGGGAUAGCCAGGAUGAACUAGAGGCGGGGCUAUUUAUCUACAGCCCCACCCAGAUAUCAGCUGUACCCUACUCUGCGGAGAGAACCGAGACAGUGUCUCAGAAAGAUUUCGUCCCCACCGUGUCUCUGAUGUUGGGAGUGCCGAUCCCCUUCUCCAACUUAGGGAGGGUCAUUACUGACCUAUUUACUCACUGCCCGACGUGGAAGACAGGAAGUAGUCCAAUCAAGCAGUUGUUUCACAGUGUGAAAGCUCUGCGCCUCAAUGCACACCAGAUAAACACGUACCUUCAGGAAUACUUCCAGCAUUCCUCCGACUUCCCUAUACAGACCUACUACCAGCUUAAAAGUGUUCUGGACAAUGCGGAGACAGAGUUAAACCAGUUUCUGACAGUUCUAGUGCAGGACGGAGAAAAUUCUGUGAUGAAGGAAAAACUGGAGAAGCUCAGAGACAAGUACAUCUACUACAUUGAUGAAGUACGGAAAACGGCAGAAGGAGUGUGGGCCAAGUUUGAUAUAAUGUCCAUGACAAUCGGGGUGCUUACGUUAAUUUUGGCUCUGAGCGUUAAUGUUUACUUCAUCAAAAUCUCAUUUUGGUGGAAGCGAGAUGUCCCCCCCACCAUGGUGGUUGUGUUCUUGGUUUUCCUGGUGUACCUGGCUUUUGCCGUCUUUCAGUCUUUUUUUAUCGGGGAGAGUAACAGUGCCCUGAUGGUUUUGUUGAUGGGAACUUGUUUGUUGUUUGGCACGUUGCUUUUGACGUUGAAUUUCAAACCAAACAACCCACUUAUUUUAAACAAAAAAGAACCAAGCUUCCCCAGGUUGGACUCUGCAGAGUACUUUUUAGCGGUGUUAGUGACUGCACUCAUAUUUGUGAUAUUUUUCUCCAACAGUUUUGUGGUGUACGAAGACUCUAUAUCCCUUUAUCUGCUUCAGUCGUUGUCAUGGUUUCUGUCAUUUUCAGUGAUUAGACAUAUUUUACGUCAGUUUGAAACAUCAACAGACCCCAAAACAAAGAAACAGAAAGCUCCACGAAACUUUGACAUCAUGAGAGUCCUGACUCAUCCGGCCCUCGUUCUGAUAUUCCUGACUCUAGCAUGGAGCCUCUUCUUGAGACUGUCGUCUGCUUUCAGAGUUUGUCGAGAGGAACAGCAUCAGUGUGAGGCCUCCAUUUUCCUACAGCCCCUAGGAAAUCUGAAUGACCAGGAAAAUGUGAAGAAUGGCAGAUAUUUCUUUUCCCUGAUCUGUAUAGCCCUCAUGGUCUUCCCUCUGCGUCAAGUGACCAGACAUUUUGGGAACCUAAAUGGAUCGUCUGCCCCUGUGUUGGGGAUUAAGUACCUCCCUCCCCUGGCAGCUGUGUGUAGUGCCCUCCACUGGGCCCUACAGGGGCUCCCCCAGAAAUCCCUGGACAGUCUCCCACCCUGGCAGCAAGUCUUCCUCCCCCGAGCAGUGUAUGUCCUUGUGGCCCUGCUGGUUAUGCUCAUUAUCUAUGAUCCUCUGUGUAUCUAUGUUGUCCUCAGGUCUAAGAGAUUAGUUGUGGAUAACAACCAACAACUGAUUCCGAAUUUAUACCACCAACUGAAAGAAAACAUGGCCGAAAAAGAGGAGGGAAAACCGCCCUUAGUUUACGGACUGGCUACUUCCUUCACAGCAGCCACCAUCGCUAUGGUUACUGUUGCUGUGUUGUUUCUAGGGCUGUUGCUAGGAGAUGGAUUGAUGCCCAGUUUGGUGCUUGUCAUUUUAUUUGUGUAUUGCUUUCUAGAGAUCUUAGCCAUUAGAGAAACAUUGAAUCUGUCGGUGCCACUGUGGUUCAGCAGUGUGUACCUUUCUGUCCUUGGUGGUGUUUUCUUCUAUGCCACCGGUCACCAGACCUCCCUCCCCACAAUUCGCUGGGAGUCGGCCUUCAUCGGUCUCCAUGGUGACUUCAGUAACAACAUCCUGCCCGCCAUACUCAUUCAUCUCAACACGUUCGCGGCCUACGUGUUGGCUGUUGUGAUUUGUCCUCUCGUCUUGUUCUGGCCAAAGACGGGGGGACUCCUGACUAAGUGGGUCGUGGGGGUCAACAAGAAGGAUAACUCGGACUGGAUCGGGGAUUUCUGCUUCCACGAGGACAAGGAAAACUUCCGAAUGUUGAUUUUUAGAAUGUGUUCAUACCUCUUUCUUUUUCAGGGAAUCAAGGUUCUUGGAUCUGUCCUGGCUGCUUUCCUACACAGGCGCCACCUGAUGGUCUGGAAGAUUUUCGCACCUCGCUUUGUGUUCGAGUCGAUGACAAGCUUCACUGUGUUUGCCGCCUCUAUCUUACUGUUCAUGUUUCUACUCAGAGUUGACUGGACACUAACAAAAUGGAUGCAUAAUUUUCAAAAGAAAUAAAAAUCUUGAAUGUGUUUGUAUAAAACCUUAGUUCUUUGUUAAUUUUAUAUUGGGACGUUCUCUUGAUUAAUUAUUAUGAGCGACAAAUGUUCCCAAUGGACAGGAAAAAAGUUUAUUA